AUGUACGAAGAGAGGAGGAAGAAAGAAGUUGCUUAUUUGUCAGAUAUCUACAACUCGUCUCUUAAGGCUGGAAUCGACUCUCCCCAUAGGCACCAAUCUUCAAAUUUCAGAAGAAGUCGAGAGGGUGAAGGGACACAGAGAUCAUCGGCUAGGAAAGACAUAUCAAGAUCGGGAAGCUAUGCUCGAUCGGGAGAGGUUGAAGCCAGCGGGUCGUCUUCAGCGGGGAGAAGGGUCUCGGAAGGGAACCAUCACUACAAAAUUAGGAAGCAUAGAGGACAGUAA